AACUAUAACUACUACUCUCACUAAGGAGUGAUGCAUAAACCAAGUUGUUUCUUUAUAGUACAGUUUGCCAGUACAAGUCAUCAAAUACAACUUUGAAGGCACCAAGAAUGGCAGAGGCAGAGGAAAUAUCCUGUAACAGGAGCUUGAUAUGCCCACUGUGCCUGGACAUUUUUGACAAGGCAACUCUCCUCUUUUGUGGACACACCUUCUGCAAGGCAUGUCUUCAAAACCUGGACAAUACCAAACGCAAGAAUCCAAACCACCUGACUUGCCCUGUCUGCAGGAGAAAGUGCAUGCUUGGGAAUAGCAAAGUAAAUGGCCUUCCACCCAACAAUACUGUCAACUCCCUUGUGGACGACUAUAAAAACCACAAGACCCUUUCUGCUUCCUCCUUUCUGGUACAUUCCUCGGUUGAGAAACGCCAACAAGACACAAAGAUAAAACCUGUCCCAGCAAUUCGCAAGAUGAGAGUAGGAGUGCCCUCAUCAGGUUCAGAACAACCAUCAUCUAUUCCUCCAAAGGUACCAGACAGACCACGCAGAUCAGUGGACAAUAAUAGGACUGAUUUGGCAGUUUCUGCAAGCCCUUCUAUAGGGAACUAUGAAGUUCCAUCCCAUUUUCUGGAGCCACCACGAAAAGUUCCCUUGAUCAUCCUCAAAGUGGUAGAUCUUCCAGCCGGGAUUCGGGACAUGGCAUUGUUUGCUCCUGAGACAGUUUUAAUUGUUUACGGGAGCAGUCUUCAUGGAGCACAACUGUACAAGUCAACAGGUGAUCAUAGAGAACACUUCCACAACCUAGGAGCAAUCCGAAGUGUAGCCAUCUUGACCGAUGGCAGAGCCGUGAUUUCCCUCGGUAAAGAGGGAAUCCAAGAGUGCAACAUCGAUGGCAAGCUAACAGCCCGUCAGUUUCGGUACAAAAACUUCACAAAGUAUUAUUAUGUAUGCUGUGAUCAUUGCAAUAAUCUCUAUGCUGUCAAUGGCAACCCAGAAAUCUACUCCUUUGUCUUGGGAAAGGAUGCACCUGAGCGAGUCAUUCCCACCGGAAAGAUGAUCCCUUCACAGGUUUGUGUGGCCAAGUCAGGUGCCAUCAUUGUAAGCUCAGGUACGGCAACGCUCAGCAUUGUAGCCAUCUUUGAUAAGAAUGGAUGCAUCGGAAGUUGUGUUAACUCCCUGGAAAAUGAGGAGUUCCUCUAUGCAGCAGUGGAUCCUCUUGACCAUGUCUUUGUGGCAAGGGUGAGGCCAAGAUCUGGUCUUAUGUUACUAUCAAGGUACAAGCUCAGAGGAACCCAACUAACGGACUUCACUCAAUACAUGGCACUCAAUAUCGUCCCCACCACUGAAACAUGGUGCAAGCUUGUGUGUCUAUCACCAAGGCUCCUAGCAUUUGCCUCUAUGACCAAGAAACUAUACUUCAUUAAAAUUUAAAGAAUCAGAUAAAUGCUCCAUGACCAAGAUGGACAUCUAAACAAUCAGCUUCAAGCAUCGUUCUAUGUCCAUACAACCCAACUAAAUCUAAAUUUAUAAAAUCUACGAUGAACAUUGUGCUACUUCCAUGACCAAGAAAACAUUCCAUGAACCUAAUCAGUAUUGGCAAGUCUGUCAUCAAUGACAUGUUCAAGUCAAAUACAAGCAAGGUUUCUUGGUUUGUCCAAUACUUACAAGUGACGACCAUUAUGAAGAGUCAGAGACCCAGAUUCCUGUUUCAUAAAGACUUGUGAUAAUAACAAUUCUAUUACAGGUUUGCUAUCAGGUCUGUCAAACCUUGGCUUUGGAUGUCCUAUUGAUUAGCCACAAUGCAACUUUCACUGGCCUGGGAUAUAUUGUGU